AUGGGGCUGUACAGUGAACUUAUCGACGAGCUUCGCGACAAGGACUCCGCUCUCGCUGAACUGGACAGACAGAUCGCCUACGCCCUUGACGAUGAGGAGUUUGACGAGGAAAUUAUGGACGCGAUUGAGUACCACGAGAAGAUUGUGAAAGCCGUCAACAGGCUUCGGUCCGCGCUUGGAGCGCGUGCAUCGGUUGGUCCUACCCUCAUCGAAGCCAACCAGUCGAGGCACGCGUGGACAAGAGAUGGAUCCAGCAAUUCCAUGGGAGCAGCCCACUCGGACGUGACCAGUCAAAACCUCAACGAUCAGCGUAGGCCGCGAGCACCAGGCCUAGAAGACGCCCUGCCGAACCUUCAAGUACCCAUCUUCAGCGGCGAGAGCAGUCAGUGGCCGGGGUUCUGGGAGCACUACGAGGCGACCAUUAACACGCACCCCGAUCCCACCGGUAUCGAGAAGUUCGAGUACUUGAAGACUUACUUGGCCGGCACUGCGAAGCGAGCCAUCGAAUUGAUACAGCUGAAUGAAGCGAACAACAAUAUCGCAGCCAAGGUGCUCAUCGAACGAUAUGGCCGAAAAGACCUCCUCAUCGAGGACCACACAGACAGCUUGCUUGCCAUUUAA